AAACAAGGCUCCUUUCAUGCUGCUAGUUGUGCCGACAGCUAACACAAAGGAAGUAUACAGCCAUGUAAAACUAUUAAACAAUAACUUGAGGUCAUCUAACACAACAAACAGUGCCAGGCGCUUUAUGGAUAGCAUGUACAUUUCCAAAGUAAGAAAAAGUGAUACAAGAUUUCAUCACUUUCUCUGCGGUAACAACAGUAAUGAUUUGGCAUUAAGGUGCAUUAAGAUUUCUUCCAGCAAAGCUAAAGUGCAAAUCGAAAAUUCUUCAUUUGUCGGGCAAACUGUGAAAAAAGGAGAGGGCGGAGCCUUAAGUAUUGAAUGCAAACUCAACGCUUUCCUGGUUGUUACAAACACUACUUUUGAGAGAAACGAGGCAUAUUCCGGUGGAGGUGCGAUUUCUUUCAACACUGUAAAAGGAAAUCUGCUAACGCUUGAACUCACUAAUGUAAAUUUUUCUGAAUGUGAAUCCGAAACCCAGGGCUCUGCGGUUCUGGUUGGGAAAACUCACAGUCUUAAAGCUAAACCAAAAACUUAUGUUCUGAACGCGUAUUUUAGAAACGUCCAUGUCAAAAACUGCGCCGGUUCAAACAGCAGUGUUUUUGUUAUGAUGAAGAGUGGGUUCGUGGAAUUUGAACGCUUUCACUGGGAAAACACUGUUUCAAGGAUCUCUGGAGGUAUAUUCGUAGCAAGUACUGGUACUUGGAAGACAAAUGUUUCAAUUUUGAAGUCUAAUUUCACCGACAGUCAUUACAAUGGAAAUGUUUUCGUGAGAAUCGAAGCACUGAAAAAGCACAGAGGAAAGGUCUUGCUAGCCAACACGUCUAUGUACAAUAAUCAAAAUGGAGCCCUGAUAAUCAGCCCAAAAUAUGAAAUUUUGCUCAAGAACGUGACCAUCGCCUAUUGCAGACACGGAUUACAAACAUCCAAAAAAUGGUUGUUUCCCUGCGACGUGCCUUUGAAGCCUGUCAAAAUCCUAAUUGAAAACUGCACUUUUAAACGCAAUGUCUACGAUGUGUCUAUAACUGUAAGAGAGGCUCGGUCUGUAUCGUUCACAGUGAACAACACGAAUUUCAUCGGCCAGUCAAACGGUCACGCGAUUCGAUUUUAUAUGCCCGCAGUGGGGAACAUAACCAAAACAUCGAGAGCCACAGUAAAAAUAGACAAAGUGAUUUUUGAUGCUCGUCCUGCCAGCUAUUUCGCCCUUUACUUCCUAGGCAAGAAGUAUGUAACCAUACGCCGGUCGAUUUUUCGCCACUGCACGUCUGUUAGCCAAGACCUGGGGAACUAUAGUGAUAGUAAGUUUCCUUAUGAGACGGCAACAGGUGCUAUCUCGAUUCUUUCCAAUCCGGACAAACGCUACAAAAAAGGGUGUAUCCAACAAAACAUAACCAACAACACUCCCCCUUUAUGGAAAUACGACAGUCACGUGACUGUUGAAGAUACGUUAUUUCAAGAGAACGCUGGGCUCAAUGGGGGUGCAGUGUAUCUUAGCAACGGAAACACUACCUUUCGGAAUUGCUCCUUUGAAAACAAUUUGGCAGCGAAGCACACAGGUCAAGUUUAUUCCGCCUACGGAACUGGUCGAGUAGAAUUCGUCAACUGCUCUUUUGUUAGUAGUACGUACCAUGCAACUAUCUCUGGCAGGAAAUUCAAAAAUGUCGCCUUCUUUUAUUCUGAAAGCGGAGGACCCAUCAAGUUUCGGAACUCGUCUAUGUUUUCGAGCACCUCUACAAGGCGUUCGUUUUCUCUGUUGGCAGUUUACAACGGAGGAUACGUUGAUAUCGACCGCGAAACUAGCAUUCACUGCGAAGGAAGUCAGAUCUCUCUCGGAAAUGCAACGCAUUUUGUAUACACCGAAAAGAGACAACGCUUUUGCAUAGAAAACGUGACGGUCCUUUCGUUUUCCUGCAAGCUUUGCUCUCCCGGAUAUUACAGCCUACAAACUGGCUUUUCAAAAGGUCUUGCUGUAGAUGAUUCAUUCCAAUGUCAUCCAUGUCCUUUGGGAGCUACAUGCAUAAGAAACGAAUCAAGCAUUGCGGCAGUAGAAAACUUCUGGGGAUACAAUGUGCCGGGAAGAGAUGGGCAAGUACUCAACUUUGUUCCCUGCCCCAAGGGUUAUUGCCGCUCACCGAGCCCGCAAUCGUUAGUGUGCAACAGUUGUCACGGAAACAGGACUGGUUUUCUGUGUGGCCAGUGCGCGCCUGGUUACACUGAAACACUAUUUAAUUCUGAGUGCAGAAAAACAGCUCAAUGUAAAGAUUACCUCUUCUGGAUAGCGAUGUUUCUCUUCUCGGCUGCCUUGGCGCUAUAUCUGUUAAUUGAUCCUCCUUUGCUUCGACUUCUAAGUCCACAACAGAUUUUAUGGUUCAUGAAAAAGAAGGAGAGAAGACAAAGCGAAGAGAGCAGUGAAAACUGCGAAGAGCAAGACAGUGGUUAUACAAAAAUCGCCUUCUAUUACUACCAAGUCGCCGAUUUGCUGUUAAGCAAUUCUCUUGACGACUUGGUUUUAGAAAUGCCCUUCGUUGUUGCUAUGAUUUCAGCUUUCAAUUUUUAA